AUGUGGUAUGAUAAUGAAAGAAUUCCAGAAGAAGAAGGAGCGAGCAAAUUGUUGGUAGGAAAAACAUUUGCUUAUUUUCCGAAGUACGUAGAUAAUGAAAAUAGUGGCAUUAACAAUAAAAAAUUAUAUGAAGGUAAUUUAGAUAAUAUUGAUAAUAUUAAAUUUGAUAAUAAAGAAUAUGUAUUAAUUACACAGAGGUUAGGAAGAACAAUAAUACCAUUAAACCCUGAACUUUUAGCUCACUCAACAUUUGAUCAAGAAAUUAUUGAUAGUUAUUUAAAUGAAAUACAUGAAAAUGUACAUAAUUAUUCUAUAUUAACUGAAUACUCAUUUCUUAUGAAUGAAAUUCCUAGAAGCUUUUACUGUUUACCACAACCCGAUAACUUACUAGUAUGGGAUGUUUUUAUUAUUUUAUAUAGUACACUUUAUAAGAAUGGAAAAUUUAAAUUACAAAUACGCUUAGGUGAAAACUAUCCUCAUUCUAUUCCUGAAGUAUAUUUCUUAACUCCUGUUUUUCAUCCAUUAAUUAAUCCCCUAACGGGAAAACUAAAUUUAGGUUUGCAACUAAAUAAAUGGAAUCCUACCUCUCAUUAUAUGUCCUUAAUAUUUUUAUAUAUAAAAAGGAUUUUUCAUUUACAAGACGAAUAUACAAAAGAAAUAAUUGAAAAUGAAGAAGCAUAUUUUUUAUUUAAUAAUGAUAAAGAAAUGUUCCUUAAAAAUGUAAAAAAGUCUGUCGAAGAAUCAAAUAAAGCUAUAUAUAACAAAAUUGAUAAUUCUAUGUUUAAUUUUGAAGAAAAUGAAGAUAAUACAGAAAUAAGGAAAAAAUUAGAAAGUAUAAAGAAUGAUCAAAAUUGUAGUAAAAAAACAGAAGCCUUUAUACAUUGGCUAAUUAAUGAUUACCCCAAUGAAACCGAUCAAGACAAUAUAAAUAUAUCAGAUCGAAAUAUAGAACAUGAAGAAAAAGAAAUCCAUAAAAAUAAAGGUAAUAAAGGUUAUGAUGAAAAAGAUGAUGAAAAUAAUAAAAAGAACGAUUAUAAUGAUAAAGAAAAUAAAAGUGAUAAAAAAAAAUAUUAUGAUGAUAAAGAAAAUGAAAGUAAUAAAAAGAAUGAUUAUAAUGAUAAAGAAAAUAAAAGUGAUAAAAAAAAAUAUUAUGAUAAUAAAGAAAAUGAAAGUAAUAAAAAGAAUGAUUAUGAUGAUAAAGAAAAUAAAAGUAAUAAAAAGAAUGAUUAUGAUGAUAAAGAAAAUGAAAGUUAUAAAAAAAAAGAUUAUGAUGGAAAAGAUCAAAAUGAUAGAAAAAACGAUUAUGAUGAUAUAGAAAAUGAAAGUAAUAAAAAGAAUGAUUAUGAUGACAAAGAAAAUGAAAAUAAUAAAAAAAAUAAUUAUGCUGAUAAAGAAAAUAAAAGUGAUAAAAAUGAUUAUAAUAAAAAAGAUAAUGAAAAUAAUAAUAAAAAUAAGUAUAUUAAAGAAAAUGAAAAUGUUAAAAAAAAUGAUUAUGAUGACAAAGAAAAUGAAAAUUCUAAAAAAAAUAAUGAUGUAGAAAUUGGUGAAAAAAUAAGAAAAAAAAAAAAAAAGUAA